UCUUAAGCACCUGCCCACCUUCAAAACGGGCGCGUUGAGGAGUCGAUCCCUAUCAACGAAGCGCACAUAGGAGAGGGAUCGGGUUGAGAAUCCGCGCCACGUGUGAAACUAGUGGGGCCCAGACACGAGAAAAGAAAGAAAAGAAAAGAAAAGAAAAAGAUGAAAAAUCCACACAACGAGAAGGCCCAGAAGGGGUUGUCAACAAAGCCAAAUGAGCAUCCACCACUCCCUCUCACACAAACCACAUAUAAAAGCCAUUAACCCCAUUAUUUAACACACACGCGCCCAUACAACACCAACAAGAUUUUCCAUCUCCGCCACCGCCACCACCUCUACGUCCACCUCCACCAACCACACCCUCUCUCUUCUACGGAAACGACGUCCUUACGGCGAGAUGAGCGACGACGAGUGGGUCAAGGUCGCGAUGACCAACGAAGCGGUGGUGGCCUACAUGCUGCUACGGUUCAAAACAGAGCAGCCGCCGCCGCUUCCGCCGCCUGCUCCAGCCAAGCCGGUUCUCCAUCUCGGAUGGACGGUGCGCCAGCGGCGUUCGAGAUCGGCGCCGAAGCACGGCGAUGGGAAGAAGAAGCCCGAGGCGGCAAGGGCUAGUCCAACCACGCCGCUUUCCUGGAGCGGCGGCACCUCUGUCAGCGGCGGCGUACUCGAUGGCUCCGAGGAGUCCAGCCGGCCGGUCAAGCCAACGGACGGCUCGAGAUCUAAGGUAACGGUUACGUGCGAAACGACGACGACCACCACCACCACUAAGAGGGCAAGAAAGAAAAAGUCGUUAGCUGAACUUAGAGAGGAGGAAAGUUUGCUCUUGAAGGAAAGGAGAAAUUUGAAAAAUGAACUGGCAAAAAUGCGUCUCACUCUUGACAAACAGAGAGCUGCAAAUGAAAGUUGGAAGAGAAUAAAGCUUGAUUUGCAGUCACAGCAAACAUUAAAAGCUACAACUGAGGAAGAAGCCAUCAUCUCUGAGCGACCCCAGGAAAGGGAACAAGUUUGUGACCCUGCUUCAAUCCUUCCAACAGGCGUCAUAUGCAAUAACAUUGGUGCUGUACCACAUACAUUCCAAUCAAAAAGUUCCUGUUCAAAAAUACAGGAACUUAGAGACAGUGAAGCAUCAUCGAUCUUGUUACCUGAUCUAAAUCUGCCUUUUGAGGAGGAAUCCGGCUCUGAGGUUUUAUAUGGAAUGAGCUAACAAGGCGAGACUGUCUUCCUAAUUGAGUGGGGAUAAAGAUCAUCAACUGCAUUUUUCCUUAAUAAGAUAAUGGAUGCAUGAGUCUGACUGACCAUGUGGUAGGUUGGGUUAUUAUAAUUGUAAGUAGAAAACCAAUUACCUUCUCCGCCUCUUGACAUGAAGGUACUGAGGGGUACUAGUGUAGAGAUCCUAACCAUUAGUUACAGUUGCAUUCUUUCUUCGCAGGUUUCUACAGUCAUCCAAAAUUCUUAGGGGCCAACCCUCAUUCCUUCUGUUUCCUUUUUUUUUAGGAAUUUUUUACAAACAAAGAAAGGUGUAACUAUUCUAUAGACAAUUAUAUGUUUGGGUUCCUUUAGUUGAACAAUGUGAAAUCUAAUUUGAUAGUAUUUGCUCUUGCAUUUUUUUUUU